AUGUACUCCGCCGGCUACGGCUUUGCCAACAAUGCUGCUCCCUCCUUCAACAACCCUGCCCCACAGCAGCAGUCCGGAGCCCAGCCAGCCGCUCAGCAGAUGAUGUAUAACCAGCAGCAGCAGUUCGCCGGUAUGACGCCUCAGGGAGGCUUCAACCCUGGCGCAAACCCUCAAAUGAUGGGCGCUGGCCCUGGGGGCAUGAUGCCGAACCCAGGCAUGCAGCAUAUGGCUGCCAAUGGCCAGAUGGCAGCAUUUCAACAGCAAUUCCCCGGUAACCCUUACGGUCAAGUCGUUUCCUCGUCGGUCGCCCCUCAGAACUUUGCGCCGAACUACAUGAUGGGAGGAGGCAUGCAGGGCUUUCCGAUGAAUCAGGGCGGUAUGCCCCAGAACCCUCAAAUGAUGCAGCGAAUACAACAGCAACAGCAGCAACAGGCACAGCAGCAGGCCCAACAAGCCCAGCAAGCCCAACAGCAGCAACAGCAGCAGCAAGCCGCGAACCCGGCCGGCAUGGGGCAGGUAUCAACUCCUCAAAGACCACAGAGUGCCGCGCAAGGGACGCCGAACAACGCCUUAGCGUCGCAACAGGGCCAGUUCCCAACACCGCAACCUCAAUCCCAAAGCCAGACACCGACGAACCAGCACACACCGCAGCUUCCUCAACAGCAGCAGCAGCAGCAGCAGCCUCUACAGCUACAGGGACAACCACAAGGGCAGGGGCAACAACAGCAGCCAUCUGCUGCUUUGUCGACACCCCAGACGCCUACCUUUGCUCCGAAUCAAGGACCAACCGUGAACGGUGGUCCAACAGCAUCGGUCCCGCUAAGCCCGGGAACCGAAGCUCGAGAUAAGGAGCGCUUUUCUCUAUUGCUUGAUAUCAACCACGAACUACUCUACGAAUCUAUCCAAAUCCAGGCCACUCAGCAGGAGCUUAAGAAGGAGAAUGCUGCAGCUGGGAAUCCAAGCGACAAGAAGCAGACGGAAGAGGAAACGCAGUUGCAGCAAGAUUAUCUUCAAUGUAUGAGACGCUUACAAGGAAACUUGUCCUACAUGGCAGCACUUGCAGACAGAAAGCCUGAGGUUAAAGUCCCACCCUGUCCGACAUAUCUUAGCGCACCGCCUCUGCAUCUUUCAGCCAAACUUCGUGCCCCUGCUCUAGGGGGUCCUGAGGGAUCGGAGAAUAAUAUUGAUCCAGUUACGGACCGGGAAGAACGAAACAACAGCAUCAGAGAUUUGUAUUCAAGAUUACAAGCCGCCUUUCCAGGUUUCGACCCAUCCAAGGAGCCUGCAUAUCGUAUGAAUACUCAAGCUGGACAGAAGCCAGGCAACUUGAUGGGAAACCAGGCCAGUCCAACAGGUCAAAGGACACCCAAGAUUGGGAAUAUGGGGGCUCCCCCAAUGCCUUAG